AUGCAGAGUGGUGAUGGAACUGAGUUGACAGCCAAACCAAAGAGAAGCUUCUAUGCAGCAAGAGAUUUAUACAAGUACAUACACCAGUACCCAAAUUUUAAAGAUCUUCGAUAUCAAAAUGACUUGUGCAAUCUCCGGUUUUACAAAAACAAAAUCCCAUUUAAACCUGAUGGAAUUUAUAUUGAAGAAGUCCUAAAUAAAUAGAAAGGAGACUAUGAAAAACUGGAACAUAACCACACUUACAUACAGUGGCUUAUUCCACUGAGGAAACAAGGUCUGAACUUUUAUGCUAAAAAAUUAACUACAUAUGAAAUUGAGGAAUUCAAGAAAACAAAAGAAGCAAUUAGAAGAUUCCUUUUGACUUACAAAAUGAUGUUGGAGUUUUUUGGAAUAAAACUAAUUGAUAAAACUGGAAAUGUAGCACGAGCUGCUAAAUGGCAAGAAAGAUUUCAGCAUUUGAAGUCUCAACAUAAUUACUUGAGAAUCACUCAAAUUCUGAAAAGUCUUGGCGAACUUGGAUAUGAGAGUUUCAAAUCUCCCCCGGUAAAAUUUAUCCUGCAUAAAGCUCUGGUGGAAGAUACCGUAAAGCAAAGUGCUCUAGAAUAUUUUGUGUAUACUAUUAGAGACCGAAGAGAAAGAAGGAAACUGCUGAGAUUUGCCCAGUAACAUUAUACACCCUCAGAGCAUUUUAUCUUGGGGACUCCAAGAAAACAGAAGUCAGAGGGAAGCAAAACAAAUAAAAAGCCAGCGUCGCCAAUUUCUAUUCCCAAUAGUCAUAUUUCUAAACAUAAGAAACCCAAAGAGCCUAAGAAUACAUCAGCAAGUGGAAGCUCAGCUGGUAAAACAACUGAAGAAAAGGUAGAACUCUCAAAAAAUGGGGAAGAGGAUGAACAAGAAAUGAACUGUGAUGUUGUUAGGCAGAACAGUGAAAAGAACAGUGACACUGAUACCAGUCAGCUUUCAAAAUCAGAAGAAAUUCAUGAUACUUCAGACAGAAAGGAGGACGCUUCUCAUUCCAAAAAAGAUAAUGAAAAUCUGAACAAUGAUUUCGCAACAUGA